UGUAAAACAAUAGUGAGCAGCGCCGGGUGCACCGAGCAGUGUCAGGGUUAGAUGGAGAAGCGAGCGGCGCGCUCCGUGGGUCCCAGACGCGCGCUGCGUGCGCGCUCAGCGCCGUCGAGGCUGGGCGUGGACUGGGCGCCCAGGACUUAGCCAGCGAGCUGUGGAGCCCGCGUCUUGUUCUGGCAGCAGCUUUAUUGAGCUGUGGCUCACGCGCUGUACAACUCGCCCGUUUCAAUUGUACAAUUCAGGGGGUUGGGAAGAUCCAGAGCCGGCACCAACCAGCACGGUGGUUUUAGACCGGCCGCUUUGGUCAGCUGCGGUCUGCGGUUAGCAGAGGUAGGAGCCCUCCAGCAGGGAAGGCGGUGGGCCGGCCGCUUUGCCCGGAACAGUGGCCAGAUGGGUGCGUAAAGCAGCAUCAGGACGGGCCCCCAGGAGUCACAUUGAGUGGCCGUUGGCAAAUGCACUGGACUUGGCACAGUGGGGAGGAAGGAGGCAAAGGCCUGGAACUGAGAGGUGCCCUUGACACAGAUAAAGCCGGGCCCCAGUGGCAUGGAGACACCACCUCCCCGGUCCUUCUCCUGUGUCUCAGGACACAGAAUGUGAAACCUUGACGGUAAUGACCAUGUAUCAGGUACUUGCUGCAGCCAGACCCCUGCGUUCUUGAUGUAUCCGGAUCCUCACAGCCACCCAGUUCUUUAUCUCCCCUUUUCCAGAGAGGUGCAGUGACUUCCUGGGGUGGAGCAGAGCUGGGGCUGAAGCUCAAGUGCCUCACUUCCCAAGUCUGAUUCUUGGCUCUGCCACCAACUAGCUGGAGGACCCUGGGCAAGUCCCUUCCUUCCUGGGCCUCCCUCACCUGUACCACAAGGUGGUUGGACAGUAAAGCCCAGCAGAGACUUUCCAGGCCUCUGGCCUCUGUGAGGUGUGCCAACUCUGGGUGGAUGGGUGCUCUUCCUCCAGAACGCAGACACGUUUGCAUCAGUUUCCCAUUCAGUUCCUCCAGCCCAGGCCUUCUCCAAACACUGCCAGCCACUUCCCCUUUGUCCCCAGCCAGCAGCAGAGUGUAUCUGAGUCAUGGGCUGGCUCAGAACUGGCUCCCGCAGUGGGCACAGGCCCAGACCUUGGGUCCUAAGGGACACCGUGUUGCUGAGAGGCAGGUCAGGAGUGGCUGUGGAGGAGGGAGUGAUGGUUUCUGGUGGAGACCAGGGAAGGCUUCUCGGAGGAGGCGUUUGGAGCUAGUCUUUAAAUGGCUGUUGUUGAGGCAUUCUGGGUUGCAGGGACAGUUGAGCAAAGGUAGAAAGGCUGGGAAGUUAGAGGCUUCAUUCAUUCACCUAUUCAUUCAUUCAACAAAUGCUUAUCAUGUGACAGUGAGGGCCUCAGGGAGACAGCAGUGAACACAAGACCAUUCCACGUCUCAUGUAGCUCUAUAGUCUGGCAGGGGAGACAGACCAGCACACAAAUCACAUCAGUCAUUCCGGAGGGAGUGCCACGGAGGUGUGAGGAAGGGGAUCAGGCAGAGAGGCCUGAUCUGGGUGGGGCGUUGGGAGGGCUCCCUGUGGUGACAUCCAUGCUGAGACUUGGAGAAUGAGUGUGACUCAUCCAGGAGAAGAGAGGAGGGAGGGAGGAAGACUCGGAGCAUUCCAGGCAGAGCCAACAGCACGUUCAAGGGGCCUGAGGUGGGCAAAGGCAGAUGUGAGAAAGGAAAGGAAAAGGCAUGGGAGGCGGGGCUGGAAAGGGAAGAAUAGGGUCUUGGAGUCUUCAGGGUGCUUUAUCCUGAGAGCAAAGGCCAUGGAAGAGCUGGAAGGGUGGGCUUGCCUGGGGACAGAGGCCUGGAUUGCCCGACUCAGAAGUGUGGGCUCUGGCCUCUAUGCAGGUGAAGGAAGUGGAAAGGAGAUUGGCACCUGGCAGGAUUUCCCAGGUAGGACACUAGCUGGUCUCCCCCUAACCACGCUAACCCUAGAAAAUAGGGUGGUGUGCUAAGGUAUUAUUUCUUCAGCGCCUUUCCUCUUUUGAUGUCCACCCAUUUUCCAGACAGUGAUGCUGAGGCUCAGGGAAGAGUAGGGACUUGCCAGAGCUCUUGUGGAGUCAGGCUGGGGGGCAAUGGUUGGGGUGAAGGGUGUCUGUGAGCCCUGGGGAGACACGAGAUCUUGGCUCUCUCUCCCCUUCCUUCCAGAAUAUGCUGCCAUCAACUCCAUGUUGGACCAGAUCAACUCCUGUCUGGACCACCUAGAAGAAAAGAAUGACCACCUCCACGCCCGCCUCCAGGAGCUGCUCGAGUCCAACCGGCAGACACGCCUUGAGUUCCAGCAGCAGCUGGGGGAGGCCCCCAGCGAUGCCAGCCCCUAGGCUCCAGAAGCCCCCAACCAGGCCCCAACCCUGCUUCCCUGGGCCAGUCCCUAGCCUGGGCACUCACCACCUGGCUUAGAUACCUUCUCAAGGGCUGGCCUACAGGUCCCCUCGUGGCUCUGCCUGCCUGAGCCGUUCUUCAGGUACUCCCCUCGGCGUGUCUGGGCCAACCCCCACUACCUAGCCUCCCCCCCUGGGGUCAGGUGUGGGCCUGCAACCCACCCACCCUGCCUGCCCGCCCAGUUCCUGGGCACUCUCCACUCUGCCCAGUCCUUGAAUGUCUCCAUUAAACGGGUCUCCAACAUCACUGAGCCUUUGUAUGUGUCCUGGGAUGAGAACCCCAGUGGCCAGCAGGUGAACUGAGCAGUUAGGGCGGGCGUUUCUGGGUGUUGCUUAUGGGCCGAGAGGGGAUUGGGGGUCUUGCCUUCUUUAUUUCUGGACACAGAGAGUAUACAAGUGAGGUCGGGACUCCCUCGGCUCCUGGCCAGCAGCCACUUCCCCAGCCAUCGGGCAUGCUCUGUGACCCUGUGUGAUGCGAGUAGCUUCUCUGGGUACCAGGGCCUUUCGCUAAGACAGGAACCUUGGGCACCACUCUCCUGCUCUUGGCCUCAGUCUCCCCAGCUGGCGAAUGAUGGGAUUUUUCUGGUUGUCUAUCUGUGAGGGUCUUUCCACGUGGGAAAAUAAAACUCAAGAUCCAGCUCA